UUGUUUAUGUAAAGUUAUUCGAUUUAACAAGUGAUAUUUCUUGAGCAUUGAACAAGGUACAUUUCAGAAAUCUGGUCACCACCAAAUAGGCAUUUCCACGAGCGUCUCCUUUAACAUUAAUUUAAACAAAUACGGGAGUGUCCUUUACUGAAAUGCACUCAGUCUUUGUGGUUGGGUCACUUCGCAACAACUUCAGGGCAAGGUUCGACACCGUGCAAAAACUGGACAGCGUGUUGCUCUGGCUGGUCACAGAUGUCUGAAACCGGAAAGUUCAUGUUUAGACCACGGAGAUGCACUUUAGCUUGGAGCUUUAAUUAAAACAAGCUGUGGAUCGACCUGACUUUGACAAUCACAGCGGAAGCACCUCAUUGGCCUUUUGUCUUGACAAAGGCUUCAACAUCAAUGGCAGCUGAACAAUCACAGUACCAGACUGUUUUCUUGUCUCAUAUUGGAACCCAGACUUGGACACGGUUUGAAGGCCGCUAAGACUCUAAAUGAAACAGCCAGGAAUCUUAUGAAUUGCAACAGGAGCCAAAGUUCAGAGGAGCCAUGAUAUUUUUCAAAAUGCCUAGAUUCAAAAAAUACCAACUACGGCUGAUAAUAAUAUGCUUUAGUGCCUUAAUGCUCAUGGCGUACUGGGAACAGAUUGACAAUAACAUUGUAACCCAUGUAAUGUCUUUCUCGUACCGCUAUCUUCUCAAUAACUUCACGUUCAUUAACGCAAGCUUUCGAGUCAAUCCCGAAGACGCUAUCAAGUACAACAAUCGCAGAUACCUAAUAAACCACGAGGGGAAGUGUGGUGAAAAAGACGUUCUGCUCCUGCUCUUUGUGAAAAGCUCCUCUGAGAACUUUGAGAGAAGACAAGCCAUUCGCUCUACUUGGGGAAACGAGGCGUACAUUGAAAGUACGCUGGGUGUUACUGUAAGGGUGUUGUUCGCUCUUGGCCUCCAUCCUGAAGCAGAGCAAAGAAGACUACUUAAGAUGCAACUGCUGUUUGAGGACCAAAGAUAUCACGACCUCAUCCAGCAGGACUUCAUUGACACCUUCCACAAUCUUACUCUGAAGCUACUUUUGCAGCUUGGCUGGAAAGAAACCUACUGCCACCGUGCCCAGUUCCUCAUGUCUGCAGACGACGACGUCUUUGUUCACAUUCCCAACUUAAUUCACUUCUUGCAAGGGUUUGGCCACAGUAAUGCCAAAGACCUGUGGAUAGGACGGGUUCACCACGGUUCACCACCUGUCCGAGACAAAGAGAGCAAGUACUACGUGUCCCAAGGCUUGUACCCGUGGUUGUCUUACCCAGAUUACACCCCUGGAUCUGGGUAUGUUCUCUCCAGAGAUGUGGCUACCAAAAUCUAUCAAGCUGCGCUCACCAUAAACGCUUCCUUUCCCAUUGAUGACGUCUUCCUUGGGAUCUGCGCCAAAGUGAUAGACAUUGCUCCCAAGGACCACGCGUUCUUUUCAGGAGAGGGAAAAGCUCCUCAUCACCCUUGUAUCUACAACCAGAUGAUGACUUCUCAUGGACACGUCAGAGACAUUCGGGAAAUGUGGAAGCGUGUAACAGAAGCUGAAGUUGGUCAGAUACCCUCAGGACUGAUUUGGAGGCUCUACUGCAGUGUCACGAAAGUGAGGCUCCUAUGUGUACCAUUCCUGUCAAACUCUUACCCAUGUAAGGCAGCUUUUUUUUGAAUACAACAGUUAUUAAAAUUGAAAAGAACUCUCAGAUUACUAGAGUAGCUUUGUACUGUAUUUCACAGGACAAGUAGGUUAGAUUGGUUCAGUAAGGAAUUCAGUGGUGUG